UUUUUGCAAACAAGGAUAUCAGAACAAGAAAAGUUUUUAAAAAAAUAUUAAAUAAAAAAAAACUUUAUAAUUGUUUUUACAAUUAAAAGAAUAAUACAAAAUUUAUAACAAAAUGGCAUGAAAUAACAUUACACAAAGAGAACACUCUCCAAUUUACAAUUUAAGAAAAAAAGAGUAUUUCAAGAAAAGGAUUUGGGAAUAAAAAGUUGAAUCCCCUUUUGCUCUGUACGCAUGCAUGACUAUCGAUUUCGCAAAUUAAUUUUCUCUCAAAGAAAUUAAAACAGUCAUCUUGUGAUACAAUCUAAAGAGGUGAUUUAUUCUAAUUUAUCGCCACAAAAUGCCGAGCAGUCUAUUAUUUGCCACGAAUAGUGAAGGCAGAGUUUACACAUUGUCCACAUCGUCGUCGGGAUGGCGAGAAUUCCCCUACCUUGGGCUAGAGUUCAAAAAAAUCUCUGCAGUAACAAAUUUUAUGUGGGCCAUAGGCGGGGACAGACAAGUGUACGUUCAUGUGCACGGUCUCGACGUUCCAAUUCGAGUUAAAGAAGAAUCUUAUGAAAACGAGAGAUGGCUGCCAAUCGAAGGGUUUUCGAAGACACUUUUACCAACCGAUCGGUAUCAUUUCUCUUCCAUGGAUGGAACAAUUGAUAGAAAUAUUGAUAAAAUCCGAUUGCCAUCGAUGGCAUGGCAGUGGGAAGGUGAUUGGCAUCUUGAUUGCACUUUAGAUGGUCAACCUCUGGAUCAUGACGGGUGGACGUAUGCUUUGGAUUUUCCAGCAACUUAUCAAGUUAAAAAUGCAUGGAAUUGUUAUGUUCGCAGACGAAAGUGGGUGCGUUUUCGACGUUAUAGUGCUUUGAAUAAUUGGUGUGCUGUGGCACCACUGCACAAGGAUCCGACUCAAGAACCUUUUAUUGAUGUGGCGAUUGGAGGGUUGAAUAUCCCAAAUGCCCCUGCUGGCACAAUGCUUGUUUGGGCAGUGACUGCUCAUGGGAGAGCAAUGUUCCGUUCAGGAGUUAGUACAACUUCACCUGAAGGACUUCGGUGGACAGCAAUCAGCACCCCAAUUGGGUGUGAAAUCGCCCAAAUAAGUGUCGGUCCUAUCGGAUUAGUUUGGGGAGUUUUAUACAAUGGCCGUGCAAUUGUUCGUUCUGGUGUUAGAAGAGAAUGUUUAAGUGGAGAAUCAUGGCUAGAAGUCAAGCCUCCUGGAAAUGGUAUUAAAAUCUUACAAGUGUCAGUAGGAACCGAUGCUGUGUGGUGUGUUACCAAUGACAAUCACGUAUGGUUUCGAAGAGGUGUUAAAGGAGACGCAGCUGGAAUAAGCGAAGAUGCAGCCAUUGGCAGUGGUUGGGUUGAAAUGGUGGGAAGUAUAUCUAUGGUAGCAGUUGCUGCCAAUGAUCAAGUAUUUGCCAUUGGUUCCGAAGAUCGUAGAUUAUAUUUUAGAUCAGGUGUAUCGGCUUCAGAUCUAACUGGCAAAAAAUGGCGCCUACUACAAUGUCCAAUGCAAGUUAGUCGGACAUCAAGUACAAUGAGUUUAAUGUCACGAAAAAGUGGUGGAUCUUCACCGGGCUCAAAGCAUCGAAGUAUUUGUAGUUUAUACAAAGAGAGAGCUGUAGUUGAAACAUGUGCAAUAAUUGAAAAUGUUGGUCAAAUAGAAUCCAAAGUUACUGACCCAUUGCGUCACAAACCAGAUUUGUGGAAGAAUAAUUCUGCUUCACCUCCGAAUAUAGGAAGUUUGAAAGAUCAUCGCAGAAAACACGUAUCUAUUCUGCAAGAAAACUCACAAGCUUCCAGUGCUCCUGCAGCUGAUAUUGGUGAAAUAACUGGAAAGCAUUUUGAAACUCAACUCAAGAAUCCAAGAGCUUGGUCUCCAGUUCGAAGUGUCGGCUCAAUUGUUGGCACAGAAGCUCAUCCCGAAAGUGAUUCGGCAGUAUUUGACGCCGAUUGUACCAGAGACUCGGGUGUAUUCGGAGAAGACGAUGAUCAUGGUGGGUCUCAAUAUUGGGCGGAAUUUGAAGUUAUGUGGAAUUGUAUGACAGCUGGGGCGCUUGUUGUAGACCCUUUAAACUUGCCCAAUUGGUUCAAUGAUAGUAUUUUCUUGGACAAUAAUGAAGAGUUGAUCCGCGAGUGGCGUUUAGAUAUUAUUAAAAAACUUAAAGUCAGUGAAUCAGCCUUGAAAUCAUUAAAAUAUAGUAAAUAUGAAAAAGCUGUUGAAAUGUCAUCAUGGAUAAAAUCGGGAGAAGCUCGCGUUCAAAAACCAGGAGGAUUGUUUGAAGACUGUCACAUUGAUCUAGAAUGGGUCAGUUCUUGUUCACAAGAUGCAGGUUCAGGGUCGGGCACGUUUACCGUGCUCAAUCCAGAUGGAGUUACGACGAAAAUUCAAUUCUCCUUGUCGGAGAUAACUUGCAUUCAGUGUUGCAGUGAACCUGGAUCACCUCGAAUAUCUAUUCAUGCUCCACGACUUCCAAUUGGUUGUUCUCCAAUAAAACUUAUGUUUGCUGGUGAUACAGAAAUGGAAGACUGGAUAUCUCAUCUAACCUCGGUAUGUUGUCAGAUUAACGAAGUAUUGGGAAAACCAGGUAACAACUCAAUCUGGGCCACCACUGACAUGGGCGAUGUGUUUGUCUUUGAUCCGAGUAAUUUGAAGUCACUUCAGUUUAAUGAUGAGAAAAAUGCAUAUAUUGAACAUAUUGAUGUUUCUGCUACUGAAACGCCAUACUAUAACACUUUGUAUAAUGGAAUGGCACCUGGAACAAAACUGACAAUUACUGGAUGUGUUUAUGAUGAUGCUGACCAAAUUCGAUUCGACUUCCAAUGUCAUCCAUUUAUAAAAGUCAGACAUAAAGUAGAAAAGCUUAGGGUCAUUGCAAUGCAUUUAAAUCCAAGGUUUAAUGAAAAUGUCAUUGUAUUGAAUUCGAUGGAAAACUCUGAGUGGGCUUCUGAAAUUCGAAACUCUAAUAUGGUAUUUUCGCCAGGUGCAACUUUUACGUUGACUAUUCGAUCAACAUCAACUGGCUUCAAAAUAACUGUCAAUGAUGAAUUCUUUACGGAUUUCGUUCACUGCACUGAUCCAGAUGCUGUUACAUGCUUGUACGUCAGUGGGCGAGUAAAACUUUUCAAUAUAAUUUACCAAAGCCCAUCGGUUAUAAUUCCACUCCGUGAUAUAUUUUGGCGUCAAAUUGGUGGUCACAUAAAGAAAAUAUUCUCCUGCAACGAAGGUGUUGUAUGGGGAAUCAGCUGUGACAGUACAGCAUGGGUAUACAAUGGUGGUUGGGGUGGAACUUUUCUCAAAGGCCUUGAAAGUAGUUGCGGUAAGAUAAAUACGAUGACCGAUUCCCAUAACUUUUAUGUUUACGAAAACCAAAGAUGGAAUCCACUUAGUGGAUAUACGACAAAAGGUUUACCAACUGAUAGACACAUGUGGAGUGAUGUAACUGGAAAGCACAAGAGGAGUAAAGAACAUACAAAAUUGCUAUCCAUGCAUUGUGAAUGGGUAACAGAUUGGAUGGUUGAUUUUAAUGCUCCCGGAGGAGUUGACAAAGAUGGUUGGCAAUAUGCUGUUGAUUUCCCUGCAUCAUACCAUGGUUCGAAAAAAAUAACCGAUUGUGUUCGUCGAAGACGUUGGUUGAGAAAAUGUCGUCUUGUCACAAGUGGUCCUUGGCAGGAGCUUGGGAACUCAAAAAUAAUUGACGCUUCUAUUCUUCAUGUAAAUGAUUCAUCUGAUCCUUAUAUUGCUCUCUGGGCAGUUGCUAUUAAUGGAGAUGUAUUGGUUAGAAAUGGAGUUAGCCAGUUGAAUCCUAAGGGUGAAUCUUGGCAGCAUAUACCCUGCGAGCAACCACUCAUCUCUAUAAGUUUGGGCACAAAUAGAAAAGUAUGGGUCGUCGGUAAAAAUGGAACUAUUUACUUUAGAUAUGGUACAAGCUCACAAAAUGCCCUAGGUGAUGCUUGGCAACCAAUUGAAACUCCUCCGGGAGUAACUUUUAAAGUUGUAUCCGCCGGGGAAAUGGGAGUAUGGGCUCUCGACUCGAAUAACCGUUUAGCGGUGCGCAAAGAAAUUUGUACAACAUUCCCAGAAGGAUCUCAUUGGCAAUUCUUGCCAAAUAUUCCAAACAUUCCACCUCAUGGUGAAACUAAUGUAGGAUUCAAAUCGAUUUCCGUUGGCAAGGAAGUGUGGGCGACUUCGUUGAACGGAAUCGUUUGCAAACGAUGCAGUAUAACAAAAGAAAACCCAGCUGGAACUGGUUGGCACAUAGGCAUUCCUGGUCAGUGGCAGCAUAUAUCCGUUGAUGGUUAUAAUUAAACAAAACAUUCUAUUUAUAUAAAAAGUAUAUUGAUUUUCACAAAUGCAUUUGUGUAUGUACUCGCUUCAUGAUAUUUAUACAUUAUAUAUAUUAUUUUAUUUAAUAAUCGGCAAAUUAUUUAUUAUAAAAAAUAUUAUAAUUAUUAAUUAAUAAAAAUGACAAAGUAAAAAUGCUCUUUCAAGUUAAGUUAACGAUUU